AUGAUUAUGCACGUCGAGCAGGAAAUCAAAGGCGAUGACACUCCAGUUUUGCAGAGUGUGCUGCAGGCUGACCAGGAGCGCGAGUGGCUGCUCAAGGUCGAGCAGGAGUUGCUCGAAAAGGAGGACGACGGGAGCGGCCAGGAGCCGAAGGUGGGCGGUGUUGGAUUGAUGGAGGUUUACGAAAGGUUGGAAGAGCUGGGGAAUGACGAUGCCGAGGCUCGAGCGGCUGUAAUCUUGGCCGGGCUUGGCUUCUCGGGGGAGGACCAGCAGCGACCGACCAAAGAGUUCAGCGGGGGCUGGCGCAUGCGAAUUGCACUGGCGCAAUCGCUUUUUGUGCAGCCAGACUUGCUCCUCUUGGACGAGCCGACGAACCACUUGGACGUCCACGCGGUGACCUGGCUCGAGGAAUUUUUGAAGACCUGGGAGAAGACCGUCGUGGUCGUUUCUCAUGAUAGGUGCUUCUUGAACAAUACUACAUCCAACACAGUCUUUCUGCACCGCAAGAGGUUAUGGUACUAUGGUGGUAAUUACGAGACGUUCCUUCGAGUCCGAGCAGAGCAGCGGACAAAUCAGGAGGCUAUUGCGCAGCAGCAGCAAAGGAAAGUAGCGAACCUGAAGCAGUUCAUUCAACGCUUCGGGCAAGGCCACAAAAAGAUGGCCAAGCAGGCAUCGCUUCGAGCUUGGGCAGACCGCCCUCUUAUGACACGGAUUGACUUGGGCCACGACGCCUUGUCCAGCACGUACGCAGACUUCCACAGCGAAAUGAGCCGGGCACCGCGCCUGUGGCGAAUCCGGCCCGUGCUGGCUCUUACGUCUGUGGCUGCGGCGCCGCUUGUUGUCCGUCGAUUUGACAGGUCUUUCGCUGCUCGCUGCGAGAAUCGCGCUGAGCAGUCGCUGGACCAAUUCUUGAAGAGCAGCAAGGCACAGCAGUGGAUCGAGCUCAACAGCGACAAGUCACAAAGCUGUUUAGUCAACACUGACUCUGUGGACUGGAUUGAGACCGCAGCGGGUGGGGUUCGGCGCAAGAUGAUAGAAAGGAUUGGUGGAGAAGUGGCUAGAGCCACAACCGUCGUCAACUUUCAGCCCAAUGCUUCCUUCCCCGCGCAUGUGCAUAGGGGCGGAGAGGAGUUUCUGGUGUUACAGGGCGAUUGGUACGACGACUGGGCCACUCAGCCGGCCUACACGUAUGUCCGCAACUACAUCGGCUCCAAGCAUACGCCCCGCAUUGGGCCGAAAGGCUGCACCAUCUUGGUCAAGCUCUGCCAGAUGUCCGAGCAGCACAAGGAGCCCGAUCACUCCCAGUGGGAUAUUUCCGAGUCCAACAGAAGCUGGAGGGCUUGCUCCUCGAUCCGUGGUCGACAGCUGCUGAAUGUUUUCGAGUCUCCUCUAGAGGAGGUCCACUUCGAGCGUUGGCAGCCCAAUCAAUCAGGUUACGUUGAUAUUCCGGAGACCGGUGAGGAGGUCUUCGUGAUCGAGGGCUCGUUUGCCGAUGAGUUGGGCGAGCACCGCGCAUGGUCCUGGAGCCGAAAUGCUGGCGACAGGCCGCGCCUGAAGCGCACCUCCGGCCCACAGGACCGGAUUCAGAGAAGCGGGAUGAGCAGGUAUGACCAGAAUGUAGAUCCAGUCAAGAGCCCCUACGUACUGGACAUGUUCCACAGUGGGGCGGCCAUUUGUCAGGGCUGUCUGCUCUACGUGAAAUCGCGGCACCUGAGAUCGCCCGAGGCCCUUGGCCGGGCGCAGCUUUCAAAGCCUCGAUCCAUGUCGAGUCGUGACGUGGAGAGCCUUCUGCUGUCAGGUGGAUAUCGCCGCGAUGCAGACUCCUGCGUCCUCAUGAUGUCAUCGCAGAUCAGGAUGUUUGCACAGCCUAGCAGCGUGAGUAGCAUUGAUAGCAUUACGCUCCGGUGCUUGACCCGUGGCAAAAAGGCACAAAGCCGAAUGAAGAUGCUGACCAAGCUGCAAGAAGAAGCAGUGGCUGUAGACUAUGACGAUCCGUACCUGCAGCUGGACUUUCCAGCCGCCUCCUCUUUGCCACCUCCAUGUAUCUCGGUCAUCGAAGCUGCAUUCGGCUAUACGCCGGACCGAAUACUCUACGAGAACCUCGACUUCGGGGUGGACUGUGACUCCCGGGUCGCAAUUGUAGGGCCGAACGGUGCAGGUAAGUCCACCUUCCUCAAGCUGCUGGAUGGUUCGCUGGAGCCAACCCACGGCUUUGUCAGGAGACAUGCCAAGCUCCAGUUGGCAAGGUUCACGCAGCAUCAUAUCGAGAUGAUGGAUCCAGAUUCUGAUGCUGUGACUCACAUGCGCAAGCUCGGAGCUGGUGGUAUCAAGGAGGAUGGGACCAGCGAGGUCACCAUCGAGGAGGCACGAAAAUACCUGGGCCGUUUCGGCCUGCACGGCGACCUUGCCCUCCAGCCGGUGAAGUUCCUGAGCGGCGGCCAAAAGAGUCGCUUAGCCUUCGCGGAGCUUGCCUGGUCUGCUCCUCACAUCAUGCUCCUGGACGAGCCGACGAACCAUUUGGACCUCGAAACAAUCGAGGGCCUUGCAAUGGCACUGAACAAAUUCGAGGGAGGCGUGGUUCUCGUCAGUCACGACGAUCGACUACUCUCCAUGGUUGCAGAUGAGCUCUGGGUAGUGACUCCGGGCAAGUCGAAGGAUGUGCCUGGAAGGGUCACCGUGUUUGAAGGAUCCUUCGAGGAGUACCGGGAAAUGCUUCGCAAUGAUUUCAUUCAGAAAAAUCUCACAAGUGGCGGCCGCAUCAAGCGAGCAUCGUGA